AUGCAUCAGCCCUACACUGAUCCGAUCUUGGCAUCUGUUUUAAAUGGUCAAUGGUCUACAAAAAAAAAGGAUAAGGAGCUCGACUCGCAGCUAUUAUUCCAGUUAUCAUCGCAUUUAGAUGCCGACAGAAUUGCCAAGGCAUUCUUGCUAUUUCAUCAGUUCGAAAAACAUAAUCCAAGUAUUCUUAAACGCCUAUCAUCCAGUCAUUUCAGUCUGCUCAUCUAUAGUGUCCUCACUUGCAGAUUCAACAUCCUUCGCCAUCAAUCAGUGGAAGCCAGACGAGACUAUGCUGUGAGAAUAUUUCAUAUCAUGCAAUCGGUUGGUGUAAAACCAGAUGCCCAAACCUAUGAGCUUAUGAUCCAUACUCAUGCGUAUAUUGGAGAUACUAAAACAGUGGAAGCUCUUUAUGCUGAUAUGAAACAAUGUGGAUUUCCAACUGAUACAAUCUCAAUCUUGAAUGAUCUCGCACGAGUCUAUUUGCUAUCAUCGCAACAAACUCGUGGCCUAGCAUACUUUGAAAUGGCCUGCAAGCUUGGCAAGUCCGACGUAGCAUUCAAUGAACUAAUCAAAACAUAUUUGCUAAAUAAUGACGAGUCCGCAAUGCUGGGUGCUUUGAAAUUACUGCGAAACACUGGUGGGCGUCCAUCAACCUCGACCAUGGUAGAUAUUUGCAGAUACUAUCUGUUCAAAGAAAAUCACCAAAAAAUUCACCAGCAUCUUCAGGAUUUCAAAGUAGAGGGUGGACUGAUUGAAACAACUCUUUGGAAUAUCCAACUAUGUGCUGCAAAUCAAGUAGGCGAUCAUGUCAUGACUCUGAGCUUACUGGCAGAAAUGCGAUUGUCACAGAUUCCUUUCAACUACGAGACACAGGCAGAGGAACUCGUGGCGCUAGCUUAUUCCAAGAAUCGUCGUCGUUUUUGGCGGGUUUAUUCGCUAAUGAUCAAGCAAUCUCGACCUACGUUGCGGGUUGUUAAAGCCCUUGCCACUAUGGAAGGCCCGUUGAUCAACGAUCGCGCUCUUCAUGACAUGCAAGCUUCUAUUGCCAUGUGCAAGAUGAUUCAGUUUGAUACGUUGCUGGCUGUCAUUACAGGAUAUGGUGUCAUUGGAGAUGUGCAAUCUAUCCACAUUAUUUUGGACAUUCUAUCCAAAGUAACUCGUGUUAUCCCAGAUGACACUUUUGAAUCAUUGAUCAAGGCAUACUGCAUUUCAGGCAACGUUGGUGAUGCAUUGGAGUAUACUAAAAAAACCAAAGUGGUUUCCAUGCAAACAUGCGAAUUGGUUUUGGACACUGCUGUUUUGCAAAAACAUGAGCUUAUCAACAAGAUUGUUGCUGAAAUCAAGCAAAAAUACCCUAGUGUAGAUACUUCACUGUUGCUUUCUAAAGCUAACGAUCGUGUUACAAAUCCAAUUUUACAAAAGUUUACAAUUGAUACCGAAUAA